CGCGCGCUCCGGCAGCGAUUGAGCGGCCUGGCCCUCAGCGCUCCCGCAGGACCCCCCCAGGCCCCCCAUGGGGCUGCUGUCGGACCCCCAGUGCCGGCGGGCGCUGGCCCGGCUCGUGCUGCGCCUCAACACCCCCCUCUGUGUCCUGAGUUACCUGUCAGGUGUCACCUGGUUCCUGCUGCUGCCAGCCCUGGCUCCCCGCACGUACCUGUCUGAGAACGCCAUGGGCUCCACCAUGGUGGGGGAGGGCUCCGAGCUCGGCCCCCGCGCCCUCAGCCUGGCCCGGGAGUUCGGGGGGCACAAGAGGAAAGUGGGAGGGAUGCCAGUGGAGUGGCUGGAGCAGACCAUGUUCCAGCUGGGGCUCGAGGUCCAUCGCCAGCCCUUCACCCGAACCCUGCCCUUCCCUGACGAGGCUCACGAGCGCUACCUGGUUCGGGGUGUGAAUGUUUUUGGGGUGCUCCGGGCCCCCCGCUCCUCCAGCACCGAGGCUCUGCUGCUGCUCGUGCCCUGCUCCGAGGGCAGCACCAACAACCAGGCCGUGGGGCUACUGCUGGCCCUGGCGGGCUACUGCCGGAGUCAGAUUUACUGGGCCAAGGACAUCAUCUUCCUGCUGAGUGACCACGACCUGCUGGGGACACAGGCCUGGCUGGAGGCCUACCAUGACCUCAACCUUACUGGGAUCAGCUCUGGGGGUCUCUCGGGCCGGGCUGGGGCCAUCCAGGCCGCUCUGGCCCUGGAGCUCAGCUCGGACGUGCUGACCAGCGUGGAUGUGGCCGUGGAGGGUCUCAAUGGGCAACUGCCCAACCUGGACCUGCUCAACCUCUUCCACUCCUUCUGCCAGAAGAACGGGCUGCUCUGCACCUUCCAGGGACAGCUGCCCCCCCCGGAGGGUCCCUCGGGCCCCUCUUUCAGCCACAGCCUGCGGACCCUGGGGCUGAUGCUGCUGGGCCAGGCCGGGGGGGCUCCCGGGGGGGCUCACGGGCUCUUCCUGCGCUUCCGCAUCGAGGCCCUGACCCUGCGGGGCAUCAACAGCUUCCGGCAGCACAAGUUCGACCUGGGGGCUCUGGGCAGGACCCUGGAGGGAAUGUUCCGGAAGCUGAACAAUCUCCUGGAGCGGCUGCACCAAUCCUAUUUCCUGUACCUGCUGCCGUCCCUGGCGCGCUUCGUCUCCAUCGGCUCCUACGCGCCCGCCCUGGGGCUGCUGCUGCUCGUGCUGGCCCUCAGGGCCCUGGACCUGUGGAUGCGGCUGAGCCGGAGCGAGGAGGGGGAUGGGGACCCCCCGGCUGGGGAGCCCCGUGGGGGGUGUCUGUGGCUGGUGCCCCCCGUGCUGGUGUCGGGGGCAGCGGGGGCUGCCCUGCACCUGCUCCCGGUUCGGGGUCAGGCCGUGGCCACCCAGCACUUCCCGGUGGGCGAGGCCGAGGCUGUGGUGCUGGCCCUGAUCGGGAUCUACGUGGCUGGGAUGGCCCUGCCCCACAGCACACACAGAGCCCUGUCCGGAGGUGGUCAGCGGGCCUGGAUGACCCUCAAGCUGCUGGCCCUGCUGGCCCUGGCUCUGCUCCUCACCUGCCUGGCCCUGCUCAACUUCUCCCUCGGCUUCCUCCUGGGGGUGACGCUCGUGCCCCCCGCGGCCGCUGUGAGACCUGGGGGGAACAGGUUACCCCUGGCCGUGCUGUUGUUGCUGACAUCCCCUGGAGUCUCUCUGUUCCUGGCUGUGCUCCUGGAGCGGGAGCUGCUGGAGGCGCCGGCGGCUCUGGGCGAGGCCUGGCAGCGAUUCCUGGGGGCUCUGGGCCAGGGGCUGCUCCAGGAGCACCUGCACGGAGCCCACCUGAGCCCCCUCCUCACCCUGGGGGCCUACCCCUGCUGGCUGCUGCUCUGGAACGUGCUCUUCUGGAAGUGAUGGACGGACAGACGGACAGACAGACCCCACCUGAACCCACCUGAAUCCACCUGAACCCACCUGAACCCACCUGA